AUGACCGUCCUCUCGUGUGGCUGGUACGUCCUCGUUCUGCUCACGUGCACGCGCAGCCAGGCGCUGGCUGAGUUAGGGGAUCAGGAGCCGCAGAUCGAGAGGCCGAAGGAGCUGCUGCGACAUCAGCAGACCCAUCGACCGUCGUUCAUCGAACGGAAACUCGAGAUCCGUGAGGCUACCGAGCCCCCUUUAUACCUGGAGGAGAAUUUAGACGAUGGGUUCUCCAGCUUGGAGGAUCAGCUGGCCCGCAAGGGUAAGCUCGAGACCAGCAUCGAGAAGCCUGCCACCCAGAUCAGGCACAGUAGAUCGAGGAACCACUUCCCAAGACAGACCAGGCUGGACGAUCCCGACCUGUUGUACUUUACUGGGACCAGCAAAAGGGCCCAGCUGACCGACAACGGGUCCCAGACCGAGGAUGCUUCUAGAAUCUCCAGAGGCAAGAGCCAAAGGCCCGACGAAUCCUCUGGACAAGACCUUAGGUCCAGCGGCACGAUCGACGAACGAUCCACCGUUGAUUUGGACAAGCUACUCACCAGGCUAUCAGAGGCUGGCUCCGACCGCAGAAAAGACGGGAAAUCUCGGAACUCCCCGCCAGUUCGUCACAGGAACAAUUCGUUUAAUAAAUUGAAGAAGGUGAUUGCUAGAAAUCGGUCCAGGGUGUACGGCAAUAGGACUGCUGGGAAUUUGACCGAGAUCUACGGUCGUAUUGUUCAUGGGACGCCAAGUGGGGACAGGAACGAGUUGGACGACGUGGAGAUCGGUAUGCUGGAGGACUACGACCUGUACAAUGAUAACGAAAGUGGUAGGAACGGUUCGGAACAGGAGGAGGAUUACGAGGAUUACGGGAAGGCGAUCGUGGAGCACGGCAAGCCCAACAAGGAGGGUGUCCACGUGGACAUCGUGACGAGGUUCCUUCGUAUCAUCGAGAAUCAGCAUCUUUUAGGUGAAAAUUGCACCGCUGGGACCGAUCUGAACCUGGGCGAAGGGGUCGUCGAUCAGUACGCCCAGGAGAAGUUUAGGUUGGAGGCGAACCUAGCGGUGAACAGGGCCAAUAUGCUGACCAGGCUCUGGAAGUAUGCGCCAGAAGUGAUGCUGUCUUCUGAAUAUCUUCUUCAUGCCAGUAUUCUGUCGAUGGUCGAGUUCGACGAGGACAUAUUCGCCGCUGGGAACUGCUACGACAAGCUACAGUACAAGGACCGAUGGCUCUAUUGCCCGUUCGCGCAUCGUCUUCAGGAUCAGGACGGGAUACUCGUCAAGGAUCUGGCGAUCGAGUACAAGUAUCUCAGCAACAGCAGCGAGUGGUUUUACAUCGCCAGGAAGAACGCCGAACGGGUGAUCGCGAACAACGAUCAGUUCAGCCGCGGCUUCCACACGUACACACUGAACGAGACCACGCACACAGAACGCGAGGAGGACGAGAUCCUGACCGUGAGAUACGAGGACGGCAAGUGGUCGAAACCGUACUACGAUUGCGGCGGAGGGAAUAUCUGGAUGCUGACCUACACUGUUCCUUUCUUCGGCUACGUGAACGACACCUACUUUUUCAAGGGAACAAGCGGGAUAGAUAUAGAUCUACGCAGGCUGGAUAUAGAUCAGUGUCCCCUGCCGCCUGGAUCCACUCAGCUGAACAUAUUUGCUGCAAGCGACAAGUGCAAAAAGCGAACGACUGAGUGUAUCGCCAUACCGGGCCUCGGAUUCCGUCGCGGAAGCUAUCGAUGCGUCUGCAAACGGGGAUUUUAUUACCCGGACACGAAGUCCACCAAUCGUUACUACAAUGGCACCGUGAUCGAGGAGGAAUUCGAGAAAUUGAUGAUGGGUGACGAGAGCCAGUACGAUUUGGACGGCGUCUUCGAGUGUCUUCCGUGCGCAGAGGGCUGCGAGUCCUGUGAGGAUGACUCGCCCUGCGUCGUGUCCUUGAACUGGCUGAUGAGGACAGCUAUCUUGAUCCUGGAAUGCUGCGUCAUCGCCUGUUUGCCAGCCGUCGCCUUGUUCACCUGGAAGUACGGGAACGUCAAGGUCGUGAGAGCAGCGAGCCCAGUACUUCUGCGUGUAAUCGUGCUCGGUGCAUUUUUCAUAUAUUGCACAACGAUAGUAAUGUACCCCCGUCCAAACGUCAUAACUUGCACGGUACGCGUUUGGCUACGAGAAAUUGGAUUCUCCCUCACCUACGGCGCUCUUAUGCUGAAAACCUGGAGGAUAUCCGUGAUAUUCCGAGUGAAAUCGGCGAAAGCGGUGAAAAUAACGGACGGCAGCCUGCUAAAACGGCUGGGCGUGAUAGUGAUGAUAUUCAGCGUGUUCCUGAGCAUUCGCACCCUCGUCGCGCCGCCUGUGGUUAUAGUCGCCCGAACUGCAGACGACCUGAAGGCUUAUCUAUGCCGGACCGACUGGUGGGAUCACAGCUUCACUACACUGGAGGUCAUGUUUUUGAUAUGGGGAAUCAGACUGUGCAUCGUGGUGAGGAAAACCCCGUCGGAAUUCAAUGAAAGCCGAUUCAUCUCGAUGGCGAUCUACAACGAAUUUCUACUCUCAGUCUUCCUCAACGUCUCCAUGUUGUUCUUGCAGUCACCGGCCAAUCCGGAUUUAUUGUACGUGAUAUUUUUCUGCCACACACAGCUUACCGUCACGCUGCUACUGUGCCUCAUAUUCGGCAGUAAGGCCUACGUGGUGUUCCGUAGCGGGGGCAAGGAGGACGCGAAACACUCCGGCGCGACCGGGAAAUUUCUCGGGAAAAGCAGCCGGCCUGCGGGCACAAGCAACCAGACGAACUCGAUAUCCCUGCAGCAGGGAAACUUCACCGACGAGAGCGACGGAGCUACGGAAGAGUUCCGUCGGUUCAUAAAUCAAUUGGAGGUCCUCAAGGAAAAAAACGUUCUCCUCGGUAAUCAUCAUUUAGUGAACAAGCUCGUAGCGAUGCAGGAGGCCGCUAACCGAGCCGAGACCCAGGUGUCCACAAUCCAGGUGAUCUCCUCGAUCAUGAGACUGAACGAUCUAAAUGGAUCCACCGCGAUUGUUGAAACAGACAUCGGGGGUUCUUAUAAGAGCGACGGUGAUCAAAAAAGUGUCGAGCUGAAAGAGGAGAAGAGAUGCCAAGCCUGCGUCGAGAAGAACGGGAUAAAAAGCAAGGAGCCGAGCUCGUCCAAGGAUGGGGAGGUCCUGGUCUCCGUGGAGGCUAAGAAAACGACCAGAACCAACGACGUCGGUGUGUCCACAUCUGGUAGGCCUGCUACCACCGAGGACAUCGGAACGGAGACAAAGCAGGAGGAGAAAGAGACCAGGGAGAAAAGCAAGAGCAAGUCAGGCCACGCCAGGACGCACGCCAUAGUCAUCAAUCUGGACGACAAGAGCAGGUUCUCGGAGGAGGUCACUGUAUAA